AUGUGGCAGGGUUCUCAUGGCCGUGGCGGAGAGGCGUGGGGAGGCUGCCGAUGCGCUCCCACAGCCAAGGGUGCGCGUGGGGCUGAAAAGAGCUAUAAGUUGCGCUUAUGCUAUGGUCCUGGCGACCAAUGCAGUGCUCCUGGCGGUACCGUGAACAUCAGCAAGGGCAGUGGUAACCAAUUCCCUGAGGGCACUUUCUCUGGAGCACAUAGUCUUGUCCCGAUCCUUGCCGGGAGACGCGCCGAUGCCUCAGAAAGCUCGACUCGUCCGCCUCCCGAGCCCAGAGCCGGAUGGGGUUGGAGGGUGUCCUGUCUCUUCAUCGACGUUAGCCGAUGUCAAAUCAAAUGGUUUUCUUACGCCAGUAUCCCUCUCUUGCUCUGCGAGCCAGAUGGUGGCUGCGGCAGUCUCUGCAACGUGGCGUCGUCGGUUCGGAAUCCCCUGGGCGGAGCCGCUCGAUUCCCUUCCUGGUCACCAUUACGAAGAAAUCAAGUGGAUAGCGGACCUUCUGUAAUGUCGCAACUGGUCAAUGUAUCUCUCGUUUAGUUACACUUCCUGUCAAGAAUUUGCCCGAACCUUGCUUGUCUCAGCCAGCAAUAUGUGUGACCUGAUCUAGCGAGACGAAGGUUAGCUAAUUGCCUCCCCUACCAUCUGGCGGCAAGGAGUAAGCCGCUACCAGGCGCUCUUCCCACUUGGUAUGUAAUACAACUUCCUACAUAUUGUUGCCCCUCUGUUCAUGCAAGUUUAAGUCCGCGUCGAACCACGUCCUCUCCUGCAGCAGGGACGCGGAGCGGCGUUCCGCAUGGUGCGCUGUGGC